ACAAUUCCGAUCAGGCCUGAUUUUCCGAUUCCUGAUCCUGAUUGUCUCAUUCAGUCUAUAAACCAAAAUGGCGCAAGUUGUACGUCAGGCGGCCUUAUUUUUACUCUCAGAUCAAUGUAUAAAACGAUAUUUCGAUGAAUAUGACUUUUUACACGCUGAGUGUUUUAAACAGACUCUUAGCAAAGGAUUGGGGAUAGCAAUUAUUCUAGGAUCAUUACUUGUAAAAGUGCCACAGAUAAUUAAAAUUCUUAAUAAUAAAAGUGCCCAGGGAAUUAAUGCCUACAGUGUAAUUCUGGAUUUAUUCGCCAUUACCGCUGUCAUAUCUUACAGUUUUGCAAAUAAAUUUCCAUUUAGUGCCUGGGGUGAUGGAGUAUUUUUAGGAAUUCAAACUUUAGCAAUUGUGAUGCUUGUUAUGUAUUAUAAUGGACAAACUGCGAAAGCAUCGGCAUUUCUUGCAGCUUAUACGGCAGUGAUUGCUGCAGUUUUUAGCAAUUCGGUUCCUUUAAAAGUUCUUUGGGUUGGUCAAACAAUGGUUAUACCCAUUCUUCUUGUUAGUAGAUUUAUCCAAGCAAGAACGAAUUAUUUAAAUGGCAGUACCGGCCAACUUUCUGCCGUAACUGGUUUUCUCCUUUUUUUCGGUUCUCUCGCAAGAAUUUUCACGUCAAUCCAAGAGACUGGAGAUGCUAGUAUGAUAAUUAUGUACAUUUGUUCAACAUCCGCAAAUGCUGUUAUUGUUUCACAAUUAUUAUAUUAUUGGAAUGUGGUACCAAAGAAAUCCGUUGAAUCCAGGAAGAAGAAAGAAUAAGACUUUGACAAAUGAUUUUAGUAUUAUUAAAUCAUUUUUUUUUUACUUUUUUGAUACAAUAAUAAUCUUGAUCUACGGUGAAUAUAUUUAUUUUUAAAAGGCAAUAUUAUUUUAAUUAUAUGCAUAAUAACAUUCAGGCGUAAAAAGACUUAAAAGAGUUAAAAAAUAUUUGUAAAUAGAAAAGGGAAAUAAGGUACAUAUUUUAAAUAUUUCACAAGUGUAUUAUAUAGACUUUUUUAUAACAAUUUCCCAUUGAAUGCUAUUAAAUCUAUUGUAAUUGUAUAUUAUGAAAAAUAUAAGAAUUCGUUUGUACAAUGAA